CGCAUGAUGCCACAGCGAGGGAGUGUUCCAUCAGUCGCUCUGUAAAUAAGAGACCGUAUCGCUGAUAAAGUAUUUGACCUCCCCAGUCAUGAGACUAAAUCUCAGUAUGGCAUCACCACCUCCCUUUAGUCGGGCUUACCAGUCCAAUCGUGGACUUUUCACUCUCACCACAAACCGCAAAUUCAACCAUUCUACGGAUACAACAGCGGCGUGUGGAGCGAAGUCACAGCACGUCAGCCUACAAAGGAUUCCAGGGUACUCUCAUCCGUAAUGAGGCUUCUGACCUGGAAUCUCGACGCAUUUCACAGUGGAUGCGAGAUUCGGGUGCACGCAGCGCUCAACCUCCUGAAGCAGGAGUUUGACAAUACCCCGAAGAGUUUGCCUAUAGUCUUUAUGCUUCAAGAGAUCAGUCUCUCAGGCUUGCGGCAGAUCAAGGCCUCUAGGUGGAUACAGGACAGUUUCCAUAUGGCAGACAUCUCCGACAGGUACUGGGCCGACAAGCGUUACGGAACCACCACACUGAUAUAUAAGAGAUUGUCGAAUGAGAAAGUCUUUCGCCUUUAUUAUGAUUCGAAAUUUGGUCGCGAUGUCAAAACGUCGAGCAUCCCAAAAACCCUUCGAAUAGGGAACACACAUCUAGAAUCCCUUGUGUCUAAUCCCCCUCUCCGUCCGGCUCAGUUUGCAACCUCGACGCGCAAUCUCAGAGCACCUUGGAUCUGCGCAGGAAUACUGGCAGGGGAUUUUAACGCUAUACAAGAUUUCGACCGGACUUUGCACAAUGAAAACAAGCUUAACGAUGCCUUCCUUGCUCUUGGUGGGUUAGAGGAUAGUGUCGAGGGGCAUACAUGGGGAUAUCAGUGUGCAAAGGUAUUGAUGCAGAGGUUUGGACCAAGCCGAAUGGAUAAGGUGCUGUUUUGCGGCGAGAUCAGAGUUGACGAGUCGAGGCGGAACGAAUUAAGUAGUCUGACGGGCGGGCUGGAAUGGAUUACGGAUCACUAUGGACUAUCUGCGAUGCUGACAAUUCUGCCUGAUGAAGGAGACACUUCAAAAAUUUAAAUGCGUAGCAAGUAUUAUUCAAUUAUGUUUGCUUUGUCGAUACCAGCUGUCCGUAACAUCAUACCUAUUCAGACAUAUGGGCAAUAGUGAAACUCGUCAGACGAGCGAGUAAAGAGGUCAUCAAGAUCCAUGUCCAUUUUGGCACUUCAAGCCCAGAAUAUAUCAGCUACUCUGUAUCCUCAAGCUGUGCGACGGAUGGGGAAAAGAAUAUGUCCCCAGAGAUAGUUCCACGGAGUGUGUAUGCAGAUGCGACAAUCCAGAACAGAAUAAUUAUGACAGUAAAAACCUACAUUAGAUUAGCUUUUAUCACACAGACAAAUAGACGCGAC